AUGUCCUUUAGCAAGUCAGAAGAAGUGGACGGAAGCCAUAACCAUGAGUUACAGAUCGCGGCCUGUGCUAAGCCCAGGAGGUCGGUUUGUGCCAGGCCAAGGAAGUCGAAAUGCGAGAGCAACUGCACCAAGCCGGGUCCAGUCAUCAACAACGGGUAUCUGAACUUUGUGCGUGAGUUCCGCAAGAGGAACUGUGACCUCAGUCCACAGAAACUGAUCGCGAAGGCCGCCCGAGCUUGGCAGUGUUUGCCCGAGGAGGAAAAGGAUCGCUUUCGCCGCAUGGCCUGCAGGGUGGCCACCAGUCCGCGUCAUAAGCGUCGCCGUGUUUGCAAUAUGCACUGAAAUUCCCUCGAUCGAUCGAGUCAUGCCAUAAAAUCCAUUGAAGUCCACGUAUCCUGUUUGAUGAGUUGAUCAUGCGACUUCUGCCUGCAGGUCGAGAUAAUUUUUAAAAAUAUAUUAUUUCGAUAAUAAAUGCCUUAAAUCCAUCUUAUAACUACAA